GCGGCGCGUGUGCGGAGCUGCCGCGGUGACACGGAACGCCGGCCGCCCCGGGCCGGGGGAGGCGCGCGUCGAGCGGCGACGGCGGGCUGGCCUGGCGUGCCGCGGCGCUCGCUCACCGGCUCCCGAGGAAGGGCAGUGGGCCCCGCCGCCGCCUCCCGAUGGCGAGGCUGCGGGAUUGCCUGCCCCGCCUGAUGCUCACGCUCCGGUCCCUGCUCUUCUGGUCCCUGGUCUACUGCUACUGCGGGCUCUGCGCCUCCAUCCACCUGCUCAAACUUUUGUGGAGCCUCGGCAAGGGGCCGGCGCAGACCUUCCGGCGGCCCGCCCGGGAGCACCCUCCCGCGUGCCUGAGCGACCCCUCCUUGGGCACCCACUGCUACGUGCGGAUCAAGGAUUCAGGGUUAAGAUUUCACUAUGUUGCUGCUGGGGAAAGAGGCAAACCACUUAUGCUGCUGCUUCAUGGAUUUCCAGAAUUCUGGUAUUCUUGGCGUUACCAGCUGAGAGAAUUUAAAAGUGAAUAUCGAGUUGUAGCACUGGAUUUGAGAGGUUAUGGAGAAACAGAUGCUCCCAUUCAUCGACAGAAUUAUAAAUUGGAUUGUCUAAUUACAGAUAUAAAGGAUAUUUUAGAUUCUUUAGGGUAUAGCAAAUGUGUUCUUAUUGGCCAUGACUGGGGGGGCAUGAUUGCUUGGCUAAUUGCCAUCUGUUAUCCUGAAAUGGUGAUGAAGCUUAUUGUUAUUAACUUCCCUCAUCCAAAUGUAUUUACAGAAUAUAUUUUACGACACCCUGCUCAGCUGUUGAAAUCCAGUUAUUAUUACUUCUUCCAAAUACCAUGGUUCCCAGAAUUUAUGUUCUCGAUAAAUGAUUUCAAGAUUUUGAAACAUCUGUUUACCAGUCACAGCACUGGCAUUGGAAGAAAAGGAUGCCAAUUAACAACAGAGGAUCUUGAAGCUUAUAUUUAUGUCUUUUCUCAGCCUGGAGCAUUAAGUGGCCCAAUUAACCAUUACCGAAAUAUCUUCAGCUGCCUGCCUCUCAAACAUCACAUGGUGACCACUCCAACACUACUACUGUGGGGAGAGAAUGACGCAUUCAUGGAGGUUGAGAUGGCUGAAGUCACAAAGAUUUAUGUUAAAAACUAUUUCAGGCUAACUAUUUUGUCAGAAGCCAGUCAUUGGCUUCAGCAAGACCAACCUGACAUAGUGAACAAAUUGAUAUGGACAUUUCUAAAAGAAGAAACAAGAAAAAAAGAUUGACUUUUCUUUAUCUUCUAUGAAGGGUCUGUAAUGAAAUCUCUAAAUAAUUUUUAAAAAUUAUUCAUCAACUUAUGUUUUAUUAGGAAAAAAACUGUUUUAAUGUGCUUUAUCAUAAAUAAAUAUCCUGACAAAUGGUAUUGAAAAAAAUCUGAGAUCAUGUGAACAUAUAAUACAAUGUUGAUUUUCUUCUGGUGUAUUUUGCACAGACAAGCAUCUGCCUUAAAAUAUAUACACUUGUACAAAAAGGAAGUUUGGAGUAAGUGCUCCCAUUUUGGUUUCUUGCUUUUUUUUACUCUGUUAACAUAUGGUGCCUUUUACAAAUGUAUAUUAAAGAUUAGCUGUGCCAUAUUAUAAGGCAAACCUGCAAUAAUAUAAAUUUUCAUUCUAUUGUUCAAAAGUUCUUUUUACUAUUUUUAACCAUUAAAAAGUUAUAUUAUC